AUGUUUCCUUUGAAGCAUCUGAGAAACAAAACAAUCAUGUGUUUACCAAGCCGGGAACCGAUGUCACUUUUACUUGUCCUUAUAAAAUUGGAGAUUCAGUGCAGCAAGUGAAGUGGGAAAGGAUUAAAGCAGAUCAGAUAGAUACCAUUGUUCUGUGCAGCUCAUCAGGAAAGCAAAGCUUUGGUUCAGAUUUCAAAGAGCGUACACUGGUGGAUUGUUCUGAUCAGGCAAACUCCAUGAUCAUCAUUCAAAACUUUACUGCCUCUGACUUUGCAACGUACCGCUGUGUAGCUACUGGAAGAAAUGAAACCUAUGUGAUGAGUUUUACUGCAGAUGCAACUUGGGAUCACAAAUGGUUUAUUAUCUACAUAGCUGGAGGAGUUUCUGCUGCUGUCUUUUUGUUAGUUUUCCUACUCAUAUUCUGUAUCACCACUGCUUAUCGUAAAAAAAAGAAGAGGAUCACAGAGACUUUAAGAAACGCUUGGUACUCUACUCAGAUCCAGCCUGCUAACAGUUAUGGAAGAUCCAAUUUUCAUGGCACAUGGAACAUAGAAAGAAGAGGAGAAGAAUCAUCACUCGGACAGACAGAGGAGAUUUAUGUCAACUGCAGAAAUGCCUCAAAGAAACCUAGGAAAGACCAUUAG